UCACGAAUUUUGGCUGUCGUUUCCAUUUUUAUUUUAAAAAUAAAAAUAAAAAUCCAGAAGCUUAACCGAGGACCAAGCUCAUGGCGGGAGCUGCCGUCAUACUCCCAAUAUCACUACCAUUUCCCGUCAAAUUAUCAUUAACAACUUCACCAUCUUCUCUUUCUCCAAUUUGUCACUCAUUACCUCUCCCCUUACUUCUUCGCAGAAACCCUAAAUUGACCAUUUGCCAUGCCAAGUUUGGUGGAUCGUUUGGAGAAGCAGCAGAGAGGAUGUACCGAAUGAAUUUUGAAGGAGAUGAAUUGGUAGAGGAAGAGGAUGAAGAAGAUAGCGAUGAGGAAGAGGAGACAGAGAGCAGUUUGGAUUUGCUAAUGAGGUUAGUGGGGAACAUGUUCAAGAAGGUUUCAAAGCGUGCUAGGAAAGCUACCCGUUCUAUACUGCCGGACGUCAUUCCUCCACAGCUUGUUUCUUUUGCGGUUGAUGGAGUUCUAAUUUUGGCUUCACUCUCCAUCUUGAAGGCAUUUCUUGAGGUAUUCCUCUGCCAUGUCAUUUUCUCUUACAGAGAACACACAAUAAUGGCAUGUUACUUGUUUUAAGGGUUUGCCCAUUUAAUCAA